AUGGUCCUCGUGGCCCGUCGUCACUCCAAAAAGAAACUCUAUCUUGAGCGUCCGCCGCCCGACGAGCUCCGCAAGCGCACCCGCAUCACCCGCAUCGCGCCGCCCUCACCACCUCCUCCAUGCCGCGUGCCCGAGCCCGCGCCCGUCGUCGUCUGCCCCCCUCCUCCCCCUCCCGUGCCGUGCCCGCCGCCGCCAUGCCUGCCGGAACCCGAACCUGAGCCCAUCAACGUCAUCGCCGUCGACGUGGACCCCCCGUCGCCUCGGCCGCGCCAUCGCCACCGGCCCCGUCGCGACAAGGAAACCAUCAUCGAGCGUGACCGCUUCAUCCCCGUCCCUUACCCCGUCCCGUACCCCGUCCGCGAGCCUGUGCCCUAUCCCGUUCGCGAGCCCGCCCCGGCUCAGCCCGCCCCCGUACACGUCCACGUGUCCGCUAUAGAGACCAAGCCCCCGUCGCCGCCACCACCGCCGCCGCCGCCGCAGUUUCGCUACGUCGAUGCGCCGAGGAGAUGUUCGCCGUCGCCCCCGAGCACCUCGUGCGAAUCCGAUGACGUGGACCGCAUCCACAUCAACAUUGAGGAUCGUCACCGUCAUCAGCAUCGCAUCAAGGAGCAUCCCGAGAGUUAUUAUGACCAAGUGCACUACGACCGCCGCCGCUCCGAUCGCCCAGUCUACCGCUACUAA